GCUCCCCGUUCCCGUCACCGCGCCGCCGGCCGCCAGGAUCGCCCGCCCCACCAUCCUGGCUCAUCAGUCCUCGCCGCGAGCCCGUGCCUGGAACGCCGCUUGCGCUACCACGCCGCGGUCCCACGCCCGCUCCCGUUCCAGCGACAGGGGGUUACUGGGACGAGAUCAACCGUAACCUGACUGACUCACUGACGGCCUUGCACUCUCAGCAAAACCGUGGCACAAGUGGGCACCGGGGAAUCAGCUAGGAUUUAAGCUUGAGCCUUCGCUCCAAACCUCCAUGGAGGCGGAGGCCAGGAACAUCCUUGAACGCGCCGCGGAGUCUUCCUUCCCACCGCUGCACGCCGUCCACCACCUCCUUUCCGUCGGGUCUGCCGUAUUGCAGGUCUGUGUGCGUUGCAUCCUUCGCCUGCUUGGAGCCUAUAGCAGUGCCUGCUCAUAUGCAUGUCUUACGGCAUCAGUUUUGCAUUCGUUCCUUGAAGAACACGAUGAGUCCAUAAAAGGAGGGUCAUGUCCAUGUCUAUCGAUGAAUGAUGCAUAUUGCUCUGUCUGCUUGGGAGUAUUGCUCCCAACCUUCCAUCGAGAUGAAGGUCUGGAGACACCUAAUGGCAUUUCUCAUAUUGACAACAUGUCUUCAGUAAUAUCUCAAGCAGUGCACGGGGAGAGUUACCAAGUUGAUGAGUUUUCUCUAGAAAUUUCACUACCGCCGGUUAUAGCCGCCAAUGAGCGUGCAGUUAGAUUAUAUAUGAAACAAAAAUAUGGCAAUGAGAAUUGGUUCAAGGACAAAAUGUUUGCACAACAAACAAUGUCAGUGAAGGAAGCCUUGCGACUUUUGAUAGCACCAUCACUCGAGAAACUAAUGAAUGCUAAACAUGGUAACAAUUCAUUUAGAAUCCGCUUAACAUAUACUCAUGGUGAUGCUUCACAAAAGCUUCAUAGUUUAUUGCCAAAUGAGCACAGCCGUAAAAGGAAACCAGAUUCAAGAAAAGGAGGUGAUGCUUCGAAUGAGGCCCAUAAAAGGAAUUCAGCAGAUGGCAACCCUAUACAAACAAGUGAAUCAGAUUCAUUCAUCUACAAGAGUCUUGAGGGCAUCCAAGAUCAAGAAUUCUGUAAUGCAUUUCAGUUGCCUCCUGAAAAGGUGUUUAAACCCUGCCAUCUUUUAAUAUCGUGCUUGAGAUCACCUACAUAUCUUGGUGGAAGAUAUUUGAAGCUUUCAAGGAACGUCAGUCAGUCAUGUUGGAUAAUAGAUGAUGAGAGAAUGGGUGAAGCUUCAGUUGAGGAGAUAAUUGGGGAGAAUGUUCGUGCCAUCUGCAGAGGUGAUAGCUGCAAGUUCCAUGCUGCUGGGAGAGAAGACAUUGAUGUACGGAUGCUUGGAUCUGGUCGUCCAUUUCUAGUUGAAGUACUGAAUGUUCGAUCCAUUCCAUCUGAAACUGAAGUUCAACAAAUUGAAGAGAGAAUUAACAACUCUGAAAAGAAAUAUGUCAUAGUUCGAAAUCUCAAGUUGGUAGAUAAUGAAAUAUGGACCAUGAUGCGUGAAGGAGAAGCAGAGAAACAGAAGCAGUACACUGCCCUUAUAUGGACUUCUCGUGAUCUGACAGAUGAUGAUCUUCAUAAUAUUUCUAUUAUGAAGGAAAUGGAAAUUGUACAGAAGACCCCAAUAAGAGUACUUCAUCGUAGAAGCCCCUUAGAGCGGAAGCGCAUCAUACACUGGAUGGAGAUUGAGAAAAUCACAGGCAGCUCAAACUACUACUUGCUCCAUCUAUGCACACAGGCUGGAACAUACAUCAAGGAAUUUGUGCAUGGUGAUCUUGGACGCACGCAUCCCAGUAACACUACAAUCCUGAUAGGCCUCGUUCCACUUUGCCUAUUGCAGCAUCGGAGCCAUAAUAGGGUGCAGAGCUGAGAUAUUGCAACUCGAUGUCACUGAUGUUAAGAUGGACUUUCUCCCGUAGCCGGACCUUCAGCUGUUUAUAGCAUGGAUAGCAUGCAGUCCCAACUCCUGCAGAUGAUGAGGUGGUGCGGGAUAACGAGCUCAGAAGAACCUCAUGGCAGAUUCUGCACGGUGCACGCCUACAUUUUUGCUAACCGAGCCAAGCUCAACUGGUUUGGUGGAAGGUGUAAUCAUAUAUCCAGUCCCCGAAGUCUUCUCCAACUCAAAACUUGGGGGGCGUCUAUUUUCCUCUAAUACUAACAUUUUCGCUAGAUCCUGGUCACAUUUUCGCUACCUUUUUCUUCAAAGAAAGAAACAUUUUUCCCAGGUAGAUUGAAGUGCAACUCCCAUAGUAACAUUUUUGUCUACAUUGUGGAGAAGAUCAUCCCAACUCAUUUGGAUCCAUUGUUAUGCCUUAGGUUGUUGUGCAAUGAAAUUUUAUGUACUU